CUGAGGGCUCCCAGGGGGCUGUGGAGCUGGGGGACUCGAGUCAGAAAACGAAAAAUCCCUGGGAGCUCGUGGACCCAGCAAGCCCAGCCCUUCCAUCUUGUGCCCAUGUCCCUUCCUGGGCUGGGACCCAGGUGCCCCCAUGUUUGCUGGGCAGGAUCUCAGGAGGGCCCCGCCCCUGCUCCGUCCACCUCUGAGCCCUCCAAGCCCUCCCGCUUAUGCCUGUUCUGAGGAGGAAAGGUGGAGGGCACACCCCUGGGGAGGGGCACCUGCUGAGUGGGCCCAUAAGGAGGCGAGCAUCUGAGUCAGUGGUGAUCUCGGCAACUGGCUUCCUCUCUGCCCCUAUGGGGAUGGGGCGCUGGUGUGCCCUGUGGCUGGUGCUCACCCUGCUGGACGCCCUGAAGGGUCAGACCCCAAACACCAAGCCAGUCGCUGGCUCCGUCUUACAGAGCUUCAAGGAGGACCAGUUCCAGGGGGAGUGGUUUGUCAUCGGCCUGGCAGGCAGCACCCACAGGAGGUCAGACAAGUUCCUGUUGAAUUCAUUCACGGCGACAUUCGAGCGAAAUGAAAACAGCCGCCUGCAAGUGUCCUAUGCUAUGACCCGGGGCCACCGCUGUAUCACAUGGUCUUAUGUGCUGAUUCCAGCGGCACAGCCCGGGAGGUUCUCAGUGGAUGGCGCAUCGGGGGCAAACCCCGAGGAAGUCCAGGUGUAUGACACUGACUACAAUGUGUUCGCUCUGAUGCUGUUCAGAAGGCAGUCAGGUGGCCAGAGCAUCCUCAGGGUUAACCUGCUCUGCAGGAUGUGGAUAAUCCAGACCCGGGUGCUGGACAAAUUUGUCUGCCUGGUCAGAGCUCUGGGCCUGUCGGACAACAACAUCGUCUUCCCAGACCUGGCAGGAGGUCCAGGCAGGGGGGCAGCAAGCCAAGCCCAGGCCCCGCAGGAACCUGGCCCCACCACAGAUCAAAGAGCAUCGGAGAGACCUCUUGCUCUGCACUGGAUUGCACACUGGACCCCCCAGCCAGGGCCUGUCCCCGCUCCGGGCACUGGAACCCCCAGCCCGGGUAUGUCCCCCCUCAGGGCACUGGACACCCCCAGCCUGGGGCUGUCCCUCCUCAGGACAUUGGAGCCCCCAGCCUGGACCUGUCCUCCCUUAGGGCACUGGACCCCCCAGCCUGGACUUGUCCUCCCUUAGGGCACUGAACCCCCUACACACACCCCAGGCUGGGCCUGCCCCCCCUUCAGGGCACUGGACCCCACACACACACACUGGACCCCACACACACACACACCCUGGGUCACCUGGGUCUGUUCCCCCUCAGGGCACUGGAUGCCCCCCCCAGCCUGAGCCUGUCCCCUGUCAGGGCAGGGUGGGAGGUGGGCUGUCCGUGGCCCUGGGUGCUGGGAGAUUCCUGCCCAGGGACCCCCACUCUGGGUCCUGCACUUCCCCCACCCCCUGUCCACCAGAGUCGCACAAAGCCCCACACUGUGACAGAGACAUGGGUGGCAUCCUGGGGCUUCCCCUGGUCCUGGGGACCCAGUGCUGCAUCUCAGGAGAGCCCUGCGGGCCCCAGAGCACAGCAAGCUGGCUCGUGCCCUGACCCAGGGGAGGCCAAGUGGGACCGCGGAGAUCUGGGACCAGGUGGCCGGCCUCCUUGGGUGCAUCUCCAUCAGUGACCCUCCCCGGGGGGGUGUGGCCCCAUGCCUACCUGGACAGAGGACUGGCUGUGGUGGUGGGGUAGGGUGGGGGUACAGACAGGCUACUGCCAGGGACACUGAUACCCCGCUCGUGACCUGAGCCCCCUUUCCACUAGUCUGGAGGGCAGGUGGUGAUUUUGAGCGCUGGAACCACUGUGCACCUUCCCAGAGCUGCCUGGGGGCCGGGUGUGGCCGUGGACCCAUUCCUCAGUGACACGUGGGACUCAGGACUCUGAAGGAUGCCCCCGACUGCCCCAGCCCCUCUCCCAACCCUGCCAUGAGCACAGCGGUCCCAGUCACCCCUGUGAGGGGACAUUCCCUCUGCAGGAUCAGCACCUGCCUGCCAGCCAAGUGUUGUCCAGCUGGCCCCUGGCUGGCUGCCCAGGACACCCCACAGGUCUGCCCCGAGCCUGCUGAGAGCAGAUGCACCAUGUGUCCCCACGUUCCGGGCGGCGUGGUCACCAGCCCAUCCCUCGCACCAGUCAGUGUUGCGGGACCAUCCCCUUCCUAGACAAGUGGAGAACUGUAAGGGGCAAGGGACUGGGAUCCCAGGGCCUAGGGCACAGGCAGUUCCCCUGGGGCCCAGACCUUCUCCAGCUACCCCAGGGCCCUGGGCAGGUGGGUACAUCGCUGGCACCUGAGCCCCUUGAGGUAGGAAGAUGUGAGAGCACCACCUCCAGGGCGGGCCCAGGUCUGCAGCCGAACCUGCUGGGGGGUUGACCGUGGGGAGGGGGCUGGCAGUGGGGCCGGCAGGAUGGCUGGAGAGCUGGGGACACAGCGCUGAGGGCUGGGCCAC